AUGGAGCUCGAGGCGCUCAAGAUCGCGGCAGAUGAGCUCAAGCAGACGCUGCGCGAGACGUUCAAUACAGCACGCUAUGAGGACGUGAUGACACGCAUUGGCGGGCGGCUAGGGCCAGCAUACACGCUGGACCAGUCCCUGCUGGACUCGACGGAGAAGGCGGCCGCGGCGCGCAAGGAGCGGCUGGAGAGCGAGCUGCAUGGGUCAAAGUCAAACCUUAUAAAGGAGUCCAUCAGGCUGGGGCACAACGACCUCGGGGACUUUUACUACAACAGGGGGAGCCUCUCGGACGCGUUCAAGUGCUACGUGCGCACGCGCGACUACUGCACCACGCCGCGGCACGUGCUGGCCAUGUGCCUCAACGUCAUUCGCUGCGCCGUGGAGAUGGGCAACUUCCUGCACGUCGCGAACUACGUGGGGAAGGCAGAGGCGACGCCUGAAGCCAAGGACGACCCCUGCACGUCUGCCAAGCUCAAGGCGGCCGCAGGGCUGUCGCUGCUGGACCAGCGCAAGUACCGGCAGGCGGCGCGCGCGUUUGUGGAGGUGUCGCCGGAGCUGGCCUACACCUACAAUGAGGUGCUGAGCCCUGCAGACGUGGCGCUGUAUGGGGGCCUGUGCGCUCUGGCCACGUUUGACCGGUCAGACCUUCAGUCAAAGGUCAUCGGCAGCAUAGGCUUUAGAGAAUUCCUGGAGCUCCACCCACAGGUGCGGGACCUGAUAUCUGAUUUCUACAACAGCCGCUACGCGUCGUGCCUGGCGCACCUAGCGGCGCUGCGGCCAGCGCUGGCGCUGGACGUCCACCUGCACGACCACGCGCAGGCGCUGUACGCCAGCAUCCGCCACCGCGCGCUGGUGCAGUACACCGCCCCCUACAGCAGCGUCAGCCUCGCAGCCAUGGCGCAGGCGUUCGGCACGGACACAGGUGCUCUUGAGAAGGAGCUGGCCACCCUGAUCAUGGACGGGCAAGUGCACGCGCGCAUUGACAGCCAGGCCAAGGUGCUGUACGCGCGCCACGCAGACGUGCGCAGCGCAACGUUCAAGGAG